AUGCCGUGGCAAAAGCAAUUCACUCUUAGUUCCCGCAGCAAGGGCUGUCACCUCAUCACCAAUGAGGUGAUGCCACACCUCGAGGAAGGUCUCAAGGGCGUCAAGGUCGGAAUUCUUACACUGUUCAUCCAGCAUACCUCGGCAGCGCUUACUCUGAACGAAAAUUUCGAUCGUGACGUCCGAACGGAUAUGGAUAUGGCUCUCGACCGUGUAGUGCCGGAAUCGCUUCCAUGGAAACAUACCGACGAAGGCCCAGAUGAUUCUGUUUCCCACACAAAGACCAGUCUUAUCGGUCCUUCCGUCACCAUUCCCAUCACUGACGGUCGUCUGAAUCUCGGAACCUGGCAAGGCAUCACGCUAUGCGAGUUUAGGAAGCUGUCACACAGAAGGAAGAUCGUGGCAACCAUCUUGCCAUGA